AUGACUAGAUACCCAAAGCACAACCUAGCUAACUCUCAACACGACCAAGCUAACUGUUGGCACGACAUACCUAACUGUCGGCACGACAUACCUAACUGUUGGCACGACCUAGCUAACUGUCGACACGACCUAGCUAAUGGUCGGCACGACCUAGCUUACUGUCAGCAAGACCUUACUAACUGUCAGCUCGACCUAGCUAACUAUCGACACGACCUAGCUAAAUGUCGGCAGGACCUAGCUAACUGUCAGCAAGACCUAGUAGCUAACUGUCGGCACGACCUAGCUAACUGUCGACACGGCCUAGCUAAUGGUCGGUACAACCUUGCUAACUGUCAGCACGACCUAGCUAACUGUCGGUACGACCUAGCUAACUGUCGGCACGAUCUAACUAACUGUCGGCACGACUUAGCUAACUGUCGGCACGACCUAGCUCACUGUUGA